AUGAUCAACGAAGAAAUAUCAACAAUUUUCGUGGUGGGAUUCCCCGAGGAUAUGCAGGAACGAGAGUUUCAAAACAUGUUUAUCUUCUCUCCGGGAUUCGAGGCUGCUACCCUCAAGGUACCUCAUAAAGAUUCGGCUUCCUCAUCUGCGGGUGAAGAAAGUGAUGAGGCGAAUGGAAGUACCGGAAGUAGCAGUAGUGUUAAUGGAAGUGGAAUUAAUUCGAGAAAACAGAUUAUCGGAUUUGCUAAAUUCCGUACCAGAGAUGAAGCUUUAAAUGCACGAAACGUUCUUAGUGGAAAAAAGGUCGAUGCAGAAAAAGGAUCAGUUCUCAAAGCGGAAAUGGCAAAAAAGAAUUUACACAAUAAACGCGGUCUUUCCAAUGAAUCACAAAACAACACCAGCAACAAUAAUAGUACCACUUCUCUUACUGCAACUUCCGUUGCUGCCGCUGCCGCCGCCGCAUCUGUGUCUUCAUAUCCAUUUAUUCCCACAAAAAGACCUGGCAAUAUUAACACGCUAUCAUCUUCUUCAUCGACUGCUGGUGGUAAUAACUACGACUAUCUGUAUGGUGCUCCACCACUUCCCAGUGAUUUAUUAUCACCACAAGAUUACGGUGAUUACGGAUAUGAUUUAUCAGAUGUAAGUGUUUAUACGCCGGAUACACCCACAACUCCUAUCUUUCCAAAUGAUAAUUCUCCUUUUGCCACGGCCCGUGGCUCAUUCGAUGCUACAAAUGGUGCUGGUGUUGUGCCUAUCGGCGGUAUGAUUGGUUCUGCUGGUACUAUUGGUCAACGUAGCAGUCUUAUCGGUGGGAGUAGUGUUGGUGUUAAUUGUAAUUCUAUUGGUGGUAUUGGAGGCGGGUCUGCGGGGAUUCGAUAUAAAAAUCUCUUGGGCGAUUGUGACGAUCUAAACUACUUUAAUUCGAAAUCCACUCCUGUCGAUAUUUUAUCUAAUUCAUUAUCAACAAAGGUUUCCGCAAAUGUAUUUCAUACUCCACUAUUGGUGAAUGAUGGGCUCGCCAAUCAAAUGCAACAUUUGAGUAUGAAUCCUACCGUAUUACCUCCAUCCGGGUUCUCUUCGUCGCCGCUCUCUAUCCCUGGUUUUCGUCCUCCGAAUCCAGCUGACCAAAAUCCCCCGUGUAAUACAUUGUACGUUGGAAACUUACCAAUGAAUACUCUUGAAGAUGAGUUGAAAGAAAUGUUUUCAAAGUGUCCCGGAUACAAGCGUAUGUGUUUCCGCACCAAACAAAAUGGUCCCAUGUGUUUUGUUGAAUUUGAAGAUGUACACUAUGCAACUCAAGCCAUGGCUGAAUUAAACGGCAAUCUUCUCUCGAAUUCGAUCAAGGGUGGAAUCAGAUUGAGUUUCUCAAAGAAUCCACUCGGUGUCCGAAGUAACAACAAUAAUAAUCAUAGUGGAGAACGGCGUGGAAGUAACUUUGGGUUAGAAAGACGUGACUCCACUUAUAGUCUCUUAUCGGAUCGUGGUAAUUCCAAUUUUAAUUUGGAGAGACGCGAUUCGAAUUAUGGGCUUGAGCGGCGUGAUUCUAAUUACGGUCUUGAAAGACGUGACUCUGCGUUUAACACAUUGUCGUCGUGUGACAGAAGAGAGUCGAGCUACGGAUUAGAAAGACGUGAUUCUUUGAGUUUCUCUAAUUCUUUUGGCAAUGGAGGCGCUGCGGCUGCUAGUCCGUUCAUCUUCCCGGAACGAUUUAAUUUGGAGAGGCGUGAUAGUAGUGGGUCAUCGAGUCUUUUGUUGAAUCCCGAACGGAGAGAUUCCUAUUUUACAUCCGAAAGAAGGGAGUCGCUUUCCUUUGAUCCACAGUUGGCUUAA